ACAUUUAUUUCUUCUCCCUCUCUAUUUAUUAGUAUUAUUAUUAUUAACCCUAAAAGCAAAUUUAAGGAAGUCUUCUUUGCUUCCUGAUUUUACAAUUUAAUUCUCUUCCUCUCUACUUUUUCCUUCAAGUUUCAGAGCGAUCAGAAACUAAGAUUCAGAAUUUUUUUGGGUACUAAAUUCUUGCAGACACAAGAAUAGGCAUGCCUGUAUCAGGAAAUCAAGAGAAUGCGGUUAGAACCCUUGGUGGGCAGUCUAGUCUGAAUAUUUCAGGUGUUCCUGUGAAGAAAAGGAGGUUUAUUUGGCCUUCUUCACCUACUCCUGAAGAGCAACAAAGAGAACAAUCUUUAGUAAGCAUAUCUCAGGAAUCGGAACUUGCAGCUACGAAUUCUUGUGAUGCAAGUAGGGAUUUUGCUACUGAGGAUGAAAAUAAGAGGUGUUCUGAAAAUUGUAAUGGCCCGAGAUCUCGAAUUGAAGAACUAACCCCAUCUCAUAAAUCUGAUUCUUUGGCUAAGCUUGAUGAUGAUGGGAAGCUUUUGACUGCGGAAAAUUCUGCGAAAUUUCUGACUGGGGUUAAACCCCUUGGUGGUGUUCCUAUGAAGAAAAGGAGGUUUAUUCGGGCUUCCUCAUCUCUGCUUGAAGAUCAAUCUUCACUAAAUGUAGGGAAAGAAUCUCUAAAGAAUAAACAUGAUAGCCGUUCUAAGGAGUCGGUUCUUUUAGAUGUUAGUGUUGCAGGAAGUUAUUCUGGCUUAUCUGAUGAAAAUAAGGUUUCUUUGCUCCAGGAGGACAAGAGAAGUUGUGACUCGAGAGUUAAAAUUGAAGAAACAUGCUGCAGCUUUCAAUCUGAUGCUAAAAUGGAGAGUCUCGUAGCAAAAGAAAAAUCUGCUAAUAUCCCGGUAAGACCAGCAGACACUCAGCCGAAAUUAGCACCCAAUAAAGCAUCUCCAUUCCAUGUCAAUAAAGAGAUAUUUAGUCCACAAGUAGAUAAGCUUAAAGGGAUAUCUACAAUCUCUGGGGAUCCUGUAUCGUUGUUAGGUUUGGAGGAAUGUUAUCGUGCUGCUUUGGAGAAUCGGAAUGAUGAUGGAAGUAGUUGGAAUCAGGGGAACAUAGAACCUGUUUCAUUGAAUUUGUCUUUAAGCAGUAGUGAAAAGAGUUUCCAGUGUAAAAUGGUCGAUACACUGUCAAAUACUGAAAGUAGUAAGACACAUACUGACAGAGCAAAUUGGGAUUUGAAUACUACAAUGGAUGCAUGGGAAGCUUCUGUAAGCGAAGAAGCUGCCAGUCAAGUAACUUCUGAUGGUUCAAAGGCAGUUAGUGUUGCAGAUGAAAGAAAACCUAUGAUUGCAUUAGGUAUUCUCGAAGAGAGCGACUCAAGAACUAGUUUUAUGAGAGUAUCUUUACAAUCUGAUUCUGACGAACGUCUUCAUUUGGGCCUUAGUCCAUCUUUUCUUUCUGUUAAUAAUCAGGAACUCUCAAGUUCAUCUACUAACAAAGAUUCUCAUUUUGCUGUUCCUAAUAGUAGCUUGACCAGGCAGUUGCUGUCAGGUAGCCGCAAUUCUAGUUCUAGGAGCAUAAAAUCUGAACCAUUAGAUGAGAGCCAAAUACAUGAUUCUACGGAUGCUAAAGUCAAUCCCAUGGUAAUGUUAGAUUUUAGGGCAUUGCCAGUAAAGCGGGAAUUAGUAGAAGCUUUGAACUCGCCGAAUUCUAGUGUUGGGAAAUCACUUGGUGCUAAAUCUAUGAAAUCUGAACCACUUCAUGAGGAUAAUGGAGAAACGUUAAAGUCAACAGAUGGUACAUCACAUCAGUCUAGUAAACAGGUGCUACGACAUCAGAAGGACAAAGGACAAUCUACUUGUUCACCAAAGGAACUCAUAACACAGAGCCAGGAUACUGGAGGACAGCCUAAUUGUUCAACAGAUGAACAUGUGCUGCUAGGUACCAAUUCUGUGACAGAGCCUACAUCUUUGGUAGGUUCAUCUCUGAAUGACCAUUUAUCAGACCAUUUAGAACAUGAGGUUGAUGGAGGGGCCUAUUUGAGCAGUGAGGCUAUCAAAGAAUCAAGUGACAGUGCUGAGCAGGUUGCUGCAGAACUGGUAUUUCCUGUGUGUCACAAUGGCGAUGAAAAUAAUGGUUCUGGCACAGGGGCUGCUGGAACGACUGAGAAGAAAAGUGUGGAUAAUUCUAACGAAAUGAAAUUUAAGGAUUCUGAUGCACACAGAAAUGGUGAGGGUACUGUAAGUGAUGAGGAAAGAAUUAAUUUAUCUGCUGAUAUUCUAGAAGGAGAUUCUUAUAGCUCAGAUUACGAGUCCGAUGGAAAGUCUGUGCCUAUGGAUAUAGAAGAAGAUGGUCGAGGACAGGAUGAAUUAGAAGAUGGCGAGGUUCGUGAACCACAGCUGAAUGUUGAACUGGAGGUUCCCAUUUGUGACAUAAAUAAAAUUGCUAGUCAAGGCGAUUCUGAUGAUAACAAGGCGAAUUCUGCAGAGCUACAUGAUGAUGUCCAUCCUAGUUCAUAUCAUGUGGAGGGAAAAAAAUAUAGUACAGAAAAACCUGUUGAAACAAAUAAACCUACUGUUGAAGAUGUUGACACAGCUCUUGGUAGACAAACAAGCGACAUUGCUGAUAAAGAUUCUUUUAGGGAAGAAACAUUAGCAGUUGAUGUGAUGGCCGAUGCAGGUGAUAAAAGAAACAUAAUCAACACCAUUCGAAGGAGGUCACUUGACUUGGUAACUAAUAAAGACGAGACCGCAGGGACAGAAAAGUCUUCUGAUCAAGCUAUGUGUGAAGACCUAGGAAUUUUGGUGGCUGCUACUCAAGGAACAUAUGAGAAUAACGAUGAAAAGGAUGAAUCAGCAUUACUAAAGAUGGAAACAAAUAAAAAUGGUGAUGAUGCACCUAAGGAUGCAAACAGUGGAGGUAAUCAGAGUAGGAUCAUUAACCUGCCUGUAGCUUCUAAUAUGUCUUCUUUUUGUAAGACAAGAUCUUUAUCAGGUAAACCAUUUCCGCUACGCCCCGGAAGAGAAAGAUUAGAUGUACCACUAGAGGGAGAUCGACUAAAUCCUCGAGGGAGGGUUGAAACUUAUGAUGAGGGUUCACACAAGUUCUCAAGAGAAAAGUAUCAAGAUUCAAGAAACUCUAGGUGGAAUUUCGUCAAUGGUAGAGGAAGGCUUGGUAGUAGAGUUGAUAAUCUUCGUAAUGAUAGGGAUUCUGAACGUGAUUGCAUUUCCAGACAUAAGUUUGCAUCUGCUGUUGCAGGGUCUGAUACUGAGUUCAUGAAUUACAAUAUAGGAUCGGAUAGUGGAUUUGGUUGUAAUGUUCGGGGAGGUAGAAAACUGGUGGAUGAUGAUACAUCAAAUUUUCAUCACAGGAGGCGUUCUCCUGGAGGGAGAGAUGGACAUGCUUCACGUGGACCUCAAAUGGUCCGUAGAGUUUCAAGAAGCACUGCUGAAGACAGUUCUGACGUUGUUGGGUUAAGGCGUGCCGAUAAGAUCAUGAGGGGAUUUGAUGAUGAUGGAGAAGAGCCUGCAUAUACGCGUCCCCAGCCUCCAUACGAGGGAUUAGAUGGUCGCUUUGUCCAAGGGACUAGGAACUUUUCAUCUCUUCAGAGAAGGGGUCCUCAAAUGCAUUCAAAGUCUCCAAUUAGAUCUCGUUCACCUGGUCCAUGGUCUUCAAGGAGAAGAUCUCCAGAUGGGUUUUGUGGACCCCCAGACAUGCCUCAUAGAAGAUCACCUAUUUAUAGGAUGGAGAGGAUUAGAUCACCUGAUAACCCUGGUUUUCCUGCAGAAAGAGUUUCCAGGAGGCACGGUUCCCCAACAUUUAUGGCCAGGCCUAAUGAUUUGAGAGAAAUGGACCCUGGUCGAGAUCAUGGUCAUGUAAGAUCUAUCAUGAGUAGUCGAAGUCCAACUGGCCGCGGUGGUCUAGUCAGAGGCAGUAGGAGAUUUGGUGUCCUGGAUCCUCGAGAAAGGCCAGACAAUGAGGAAUUUUUUGCGGGGCCUGUGCAUUCUGGUCGGUUCCAUGAGCUUGGCGGGGAUGGAAAUGAAGAGAGGAGAAGGUUUGGUGACAGACGUGCGCCUGUGCGGUCCUUUAGACCUCCUUUCAAUGGUACUGACGGUGACAAUUUUCUCAAUACAGAGGAUGGUUCUAGGUCUUUUAGAUUCUACCCUGAUGUUGAUGCAGACUUCCAUGAGAGGUCCAAUUUACGUGACAGGGAAUUUGAUAGGCGGAUUAAAAACCGUUCUGGAAAUGUGCCUAGAAGACCGAGAAGCAUCGAAGAACAAGAAGGAAAUUACAGGCAUGGAGGGCAGGUGUUGUAUGAUGAUGGUUUUGAUGAUGUAUCUCGAGUGAAGAGGAAAAGAUUUUGACUAGAUUGACUUACAUCUGCAACAAGCCUAGAUCCAGCAGUUGCUACCUUAUUGGAAAUGAGAACUAUAAAGAAGAAUUAUUCUGGUUAUUCCAGCCGGACAGAGGAACAGCAAGUGAUUUCUGUAUGUGGUUCUCAACCAAGUUGUGGCUGCAAGAUGAGACGCUAGCCUGAUUGAAGAGAACAUACUUGCAUUCAUUGGAUGAUUGGCCUGUCAUGUACAUAGAUCUCUCAACUCUUCUGGCAGUUCUUUACAUGUUAAUUCUAUCAUAAUGUGGUGACACUUUAUAUCUUGAAGGGUCAUUCUGGUGAGAUCAGUUUUUGUUUACUCAUUUAAGAUCCUCAAACUUCAGGGCAUCCUCCGCCUUUUGCACUGAUUGUUGUGCUUAGUAAGCUAGAGCAGGUAUGCUGCGAGGAACUCUUUGAACUUUGAUCAAAUUUUCAAGAAUCAACAAAGCCUUUACUAAAUUCAGAACUAGCUAAGUUCUUGCUUUGGUUAUCUAUUUUUCUAUUGUCAUGUUGCAUAUGAGUCCAAAAUCAUGACUACAAUACUUUGAAGUUAGCUGAUGCAGUUUUGAAGUGGUGUUGAAGGUAUUGAAGGGUUUAUUAAGUAUUUCUUUUUUCUCUGUAAUACAAGCAAUUUGCAGCUGCAACUGCUUCUUAGCUCUAGAGAAGUCUCAACUGUUAGGCUCUGCUUAUUGGGGUGGUGGUUUGACACGAUUCAAAUACAAUAGGUCCAUGUUACAUUGUGCAGCAAAUGCUCCAAUAGCUCAAGUUCCUAAUAGCUAUAGGUUGUUUUAGUACGUUAGAUGCUGGCCGGUAGAAGGUCUUGUGCUUUGAAGAGAAAACGAUGGAUUUCUUAUGUCUUUGAGUAGGUUAGUCUUUUUCCGACUAUGAUGGUUGGUUUUCUGCAAUUUCGGGACAUAAUACUCGGCUGGCCAAGUAUUGAGCCUUGUGUUGCCAUCUUCUGCAGAGUUUUGAAGGUGAACAAUAACAGAGAUUGAAACUUUUAGCCUCUGUAGUCAUUAGUGCUUAUUAUCAAGAGAAGAAAUAAAUAAUUAUGGGGAUUUUUGGAAUGUUAGCGUGGAAUGAUAAGCUAAUAUGCCUCCUCCUUUGGUCGAUGUUUUUAUUGUUGCUUCUUGCACAUUGUCAAGUCUGAAUCAGGUGUCUCCUGACUUUUUAUGUCA